AUGGCUUAUCGAUUCAUCGAUCUGGAUCAGGAGGCUUUCAUAUUGAUCAACGGUCCUCUUAUCUGUCUUAAUCUCACUACAAACAUCUUCUAUGCGUACUGCCUGAUCUUUCCUCCACGAAAUGGACCGAAACCCAAGCAACCUUUAAAGAUACUCCUGGAGAUACUGGUCUGGAGCUCAAUCACUUUCUGUGUGUCUUUGUCCAUACUGCAUCGUUUGUUUAGUGAUGGACAAUACUUUGUGCUUUUCAUGGUGUGGUACAUAGUGCUGUCUUUUGUGCAUAACAGCAUGGUAUGUUCAGUUUGGCUGAACUUCUUCUACUACAUCCAGAUUGUUCCCUCCCAGCGAGCUGUUUUGAUCUGGAUAAAGAGGAACAUUCGAUCUGUCAUCUACAUGACUUUGUUAUUUGGCUGUGCUCUUUUUCUGUUCAGUGCUGCGGGAAGUAUUGCACAUUUGAUCCUUUUGACGCCUACACUUGUCACUUCUAUCAAUGAUACAAAGGCAGAAUUUUUUAACUUUGAACUGGACAUGGCAAGCAAAGUUUAUUUCUGCAUGAUCAAGGCUUAUAUCUUGAUGUGCAUGUGUAUAAUGAUGAUUUCCAGCUUUUCUACAGUCAUCUACCUGCACAGACACAUAAGAAGCAUGGCAAAGGGCAGCAGUAGCUUUUCCACUCCAAAGAUUCAAAGUCAGAUGAGAGUCACCAUCACUGGGAUCUGUCAAGGGGUGCUCUACGUCCUCUUUGACACUUUCAAUCUCCUGGAAUCCUUCACCAACAAAUUUUCUCCACAUUAUGGCAUCGGCGUUUGGCUUUCCUUUACCGUCACCUCACUGUACAUAUCUGGGACCACAGUCAACUUGGGCAUCGGUCAGGCUGCAUUCAGGCAGAGGGUGGUGAAUAUCUGGAAGAAAUUUAGAGCACUGUAA